GCGGCGGCGGGGCUGGGGGGAGGCCGCCGAGGCGGCCGCGGCCGAGGAGGGGCAGGGAGAGGCCGGGGGCGCCGCGGGGUCAGUGUCCCCGGCGGGAGGCGCGGGUGGCGGCCGCGAGAGCUGGCGGCGGCUCCUCGCCUGGCUGCGGCGGCGGCAGCCCCAGUGCUGCCCCUGUGCGGCGCCCCUUCCCCGCUCCGCCGCGCACUGUUGUCAUGGAGGAACCAAGAUGGCGGCUCUGGCCUACAACCUGGGCAAGCGGGAGAUCAACCACUACUUCAGCGUGAGGAGCGCCAAGGUACUGGCGCUGGUGGCCGUGCUGCUGCUCGCGGUGUGCCACCUCGCCUCCCGCCGCUACCGAGGCAAUGAUUCAUGUGAAUACCUUCUCUCAAGUGGCAGAUUUCUUGGAGAGAAAGUUUGGCAGCCUCACAGCUGUAUGAUGCAUAAGUACAAAAUCAGUGAAGCAAAGAACUGCCUCGUAGAUAAACAUAUUGCAUUUAUUGGAGAUUCCAGAAUUCGUCAAUUAUUUUAUUCUUUUGUGAAAAUAAUUAAUCCUCAAUUCAAAGAAGAAGGAAAUAAGCAUGAAAACAUUCCUUUUGAAGACAAGACUGCAUCAGUUAAAGUGGAUUUUCUGUGGCAUCCAGAGGUUAAUGGUUCUAUGAAACAGUGUAUCAAAGUGUGGACUGAGGAUUCUGUUGCAAAGCCCCAUGUGAUUGUAGCAGGAGCUGCCACAUGGUCUAUCAAGAUUCACAAUGGCAGCAAUGAAGCGCUUUCCCAGUAUAAAAUGAAUAUCACCUCCAUAGCACCACUUUUAGAAAAACUGGCAAAGACUAGUGAUGUUUAUUGGGUCUUACAAGAUCCUGUUUAUGAAGAUCUAUUAAGUGAAAAUAGGAAAAUGAUCACUAAUGAGAAGAUAGAUGCCUACAAUGAAGCUGCAGUCAGUAUUUUGAAUAGUAGCACCAGAAAUUCUAAAUCAAAUGUUAAGGUGUUCAGUGUUUCCAAAUUGAUUGCUCAAGAAACCAUCAUGGAAUCUUUGGAUGGCUUACAUCUUCCUGAAUCAAGCAGAGAAACUAGUGCAAUGAUUCUUAUGAACGUGUAUUGCAAUAAGAUUUUGAAGCCUGUAGAUGGUUCCUGUUGUCAACCUCGACCUCCUCUUACUCUCAUACAGAAGCUAGCUGCUUGCUUUUUUACUUUAUCUAUUAUUGGAUAUUUAAUUUUUUAUAUAAUUCAUCGUAAUGCUCAUCGGAAGAAUAAGCCUUGUACCGACUUGGAAAGUGGAGAAGAAAAGAAAAAUAUUAUCAAUCCCCCUGUGUCUCCAUUAGAAAUACUUUUACAGUCUUUCUGCAAACUUGGCCUGAUUAUGGCUUAUUUCUAUAUGUGUGACCGGGCAAAUCUAUUUAUGAAGGAAAACAAAUUUUAUACACAUUCAACUUUCUUUAUUCCAAUUAUCUACAUUUUGGUUUUGGGAGUAUUUUACAAUGAAAAUACCAAGGAGACUAAAGUAUUAAAUAGAGAACAAACAGAUGAAUGGAAAGGCUGGAUGCAGCUUGUGAUUUUGAUUUAUCAUAUCUCUGGAGCAAGUACAUUUUUGCCUGUCUACAUGCACAUUCGGGUUCUGGUCGCUGCAUAUCUAUUUCAGACAGGGUAUGGGCAUUUCUCAUACUUUUGGAUCAAAGGAGACUUUGGAAUCCAUAGAGUAUGUCAGGUCUUAUUUCGUCUCAAUUUCCUGGUAGUGGUGUUAUGCAUAGUAAUGGAUCGGCCUUAUCAAUUCUAUUACUUUGUCCCCUUGGUCACUGUAUGGUUCAUGGUCAUAUAUGUUACUUUAGCACUGUGGCCACAAAUCAUCCAAAAAAAAGCAAAUGGAAAUUGUUUGUGGCAUUUUGGCUUACUGUUGAAACUAGCCUUCUUGCUGUUAUGUAUAUGUUUUUUGGCAUAUUCUCAGACUUCAUUAAUGUACAGAAAUGUACCCAAGACUUCUGCCCCUUCAUUCCCAGAUUUUCCAGACUGUCAGAUCAAUAAGAAGGGUGCAUUUGAGAAGAUCUUUUCUCUUUGGCCAUUGUCCAAGUGUUUUGAACUGAAAGGCAAUGUAUAUGAAUGGUGGUUCAGAUGGAGGUUAGACCGUUAUGUAGUCUUUCAUGGAAUGUUGUUUGCUUUCAUUUAUCUGGCUUUACAGAAGCGCCAAAUACUUUCUGAAGGAAAGGGUGAACCUCUUUUUUCAAGCAAAAUUUCAAAUUUUCUAUUAUUUAUUUCAGUAGUUUCUUUCUUGACUUACUCCAUCUGGGCUAGCAGUUGUAAAAACAAAUCAGAGUGCAAUGAGCUCCACCCGUCCGUUUCUGUGGUACAGAUUUUAGCCUUCAUCCUAAUAAGGAAUAUCCCUGGGUAUGCUCGUUCAGUUUACAGUUCAUUUUUUGCUUGGUUUGGAAAAAUUUCAUUGGAGCUGUUUAUUUGCCAAUAUCACAUAUGGCUGGCAGCAGACACAAGGGGUAUCUUGGUCCUCAUACCUGGAAACCCUAUGCUCAACAUUAUUGUCAGCACUUUCAUAUUUGUUUGUGUGGCACAUGAAAUUUCUCAGAUCACUAAUGAUCUUGCACAGAUUAUUAUUCCUAAAGAUAACUCAUCUCUGUUGAAAAGAUUGGCAUGUAUAGCUGCAUUUUUUUGUGGACUCCUCAUCUUAUCAUCCAUUCAAGAUAAAUCAAGACAUUAGGAUUCUAAAAACUUAAAACACUUCAGAUUAACUUUGAAUCUACCUAGAGGAGAACAGCGUCUAUCUGGAGAUGUAUUGUAAAUGUAAAUGUAAAUAAAAAUUUGUGUGGCAAGAAGAUAGCUCAGUGACAUCUGUUGAACAUGUGUGGUUGUAUAUUUUGGAAAUGUACAUAUACAAUGUGAAAUACUGAAAAAAUUGAAGCAGAGUGCAUCAUAUAGGAUUGCAUGUGAAAUGUCUUUUCUACUGGAUCUACAUUUCCAUUUAUAAGUGAUUCUAAGUUAACAUAUGAAGGCAGGGAAAUAAUUACCUUUCCAGUAAAAAUACAGAUAAUUUAAUUAGCUUAGUAACACCACUGAGUGUUUUGAUAUUUACUAAAUUUAUGGUAAUAAAAGUUGUAUGCACCUAUUUUCAUCAUGGAACUUCCUACUUCAUCGAAAACUUUCUUACUCAAGAAAGAUUGCAGUGUUGUUUUCUUGUAUGUGCAAUGAUGUGGAAUGACAAGCAGUAUGUCUUUUAUUGUUCAUGUUCUGAUAUUAUGUUUCCUGACAUGAUUUUUCUUCCUAACUUUGGUUUUAAGGUAUAUAAGCCUAAAAUCUUUGUACUCUUUGUCCCAGAGUUGUUCUAGGCUCCAUGACAGGCUUUUGUCAUUGAUGCUAUUGUAACUUUUUAUAAAAAGGCCAAAUUUUCUUUCCAGCCCAAACAUUCACCUGUUUCCUUCCCUUAAGCUACACCAGUGUAAUCCCAGUGUUACCCUGUGGACUCAUCACAGAUGCUUUCCCCCAUCGAAUUAGUUUUUGUAUAUUAUUUCCAAUGUUUGGAAGCUCUUUAUAACCAUUUUGGUAUUUCCUAUUACUCCCUCCUAUUUUUAAAAAAAUAUUUAUCAAUCUAAAUGUGUGCAGUGUAGUAAAGAUUCAAGAUAUGUUUGAGAUGUAUAACCAUAAGUAGAAUUUUAAGUAAACUGGUCACCUUGGGCAAUGUUUGUUUUUGGUUUUGUUACAGGCUUAACUGUUAGAGGUAUAAAUUUAUUUAUCUGUUGUACAGAUUUGAUUACAGAUUUUAAUGUUUUAAAAUUGCACUUGUUUGCUGUUACUGUGUAUGGGGUAAAAUAUUUUUUGUUCAUGGUAUAUGAAAAUAUGGAAUAAUUUAAACAGUAAAUAAACAUUCUGUGGAUGCUUAUUUUUGUAUUGUAAAGUAUCAAUUAAACUAUGUGGUUUUUUUAAAA